AUGGCUUCUCUCUCCGAGGGUGAGCUCUCCUGUCCUGUGUGCUGUGAAUCGAUCAGGGAUCCUAUUCCUCUGAGCUGCAGUCACAGAGUCUGUAAGUCCUGUCUGCAGAACAUCUGGGACACCAAGGGAUCCAGAGAGUGUCCGGUUUGCAAAAGAAAGUCUUCAUUGGACAUUCCAUUACUCUUGUCUUCAAAGAGUCCUUCAGAAAAGGCUGAAACGUUCUGCAGGCAGCACGGCAAGGAACUCAGACUCUUCUGUCUGGACGAUCAACAUCCUGUGUGUCUGGAUUGUUGUGAUUCUGAAAGACACACCAACCACAGAUUCUGUACCGUGAAGGAAAUAGCGCAAGACUACAAGACUAAACUCAGUGCUUCAUUGAAGACCCUAAAGGAGAAACAGACGGCCUAUCAGGAAUGUAAACUGAACUGGGAUCAGACUGCUGAACAUAUAAAGUCUCAGGCCCAGAACACAGAAAGGCAGAUUAAGGAGGAGUUUGAGAAGCUCUACCAGUUUCUACGAGAUGAAGAGGCAGCCAGGAUAACAGCUCUGAGGGAGGAAGAGCAGCAGAAGAGGCAGAUGAUGACAGAGAAGAUUGAGAAGAUGAGCAGAGAGAUAGAAGCACUUUCAGACACUAUCAGAGCCAUAGAAGAGGAGAUGGGAGCUGAAGACAUUGCAUUUGUACAAAACCUCAAGGUCACACUGAAAAGAUCCCAGUGCACACUGCAGGAUCCAGAGAAGCUUUCAGUAGAGCUUCUCCCUGUGGCAGAACACCUGACCAACCUGAAGUUCUCAGUCUGGAGCAAGAUGCAGGAGAUUGUUCAGUUUACUCCUGUAACUCUGGACCCCAACACUGCUCAUCCUAUCCUUGUCCUGUCUCAUGAACUGACCACUGUGGGACUUGUUGAUGAAAGACAGCAGCUUCCUGAUAAUCCAGAGAGAUUUGAUUGCCAGCGUUGUGUCCUGGGAUCGGUGGGCUUUGACUCAGGGGUGCACUGCUGGGAUGUUGACGUUGGAGACAGUAAAUUCUGGGGUGUGGGUGUGAUUGAAGAGUCUGCUGACAGGAAAGGAAACGUGGACUCCAGGAGUGGAAUGUGGGGCAUGCUCUUGUAUAAUGGUACAUAUGCUGUAGCUGCGGCACCUCAAAAACCUGCUCCUCUCAAAAUACAGCAUAAACCCCAGAGGAUCACAGUGCAGCUGGACUGGAACAAAGGAAAACUGUUACUUAUUGAUUCUCUCACUACAAAAAACUUAGUCAUGUUCAAAAGCAAAUUCACUGAGAAAGUCUUUCCGUACUUUUAUGUGGAUGAUAUUGACUCUUUUCUGAAGAUUUUACCAUCUCAGUUUUCUGUAAAACUGCAACAGUACAAGUAG